GGACGGUGGAGCGGAGCUCGCUUCUCAAUUCGACCGAACUCUCUGCACGUUUUGUGUUUUCCUGUUGCGUUAUCUUUCGGCUUCCUAAAUAUUGUGUUCAGUGGUUCUUGCAGUUGUUUCUUCAUAUAGUCAUUUUACGUUUGUUUUUGGAUUCGGAUCAAGAACCGUCAUGUACGCGCUGGUUCGGUUUGUGGAUGACCUGGACAGGCGCCGCCAUGUGAUGCACGUCGAUAAUAUACGAAACUUCAACCCAGUUCAUAAAACUGACUUCAACAACAAGGCUUACAACACGGUGCUGUGGACAGACAACGUGGACAGUGGGAACACUGGGGAUUACACUGCGCAAAUUCUUAUGCUCGGCGAUACCGAAGAACUGCGCGAAUGCCCUAAGAGGGUCCCAGUGCCAAGAUUAACGGCCGCAGAGGUGAGCUCGGAGGACGAGACGGAGACGUCUACCCAAAAACGAAAGAAGGUAGCAAAAAAGAAAGAAAAAUCAGGCGGCUGUCAAGAGAGACAGCUACGAGGCGAUCCUACACAACCAGCCGAGCCAGGCCCACGAAAAAAAUGCGAACACCGUUCGAGUUACCGUGGGUAUGCUGCAAUUGUGUAUUUGGGAUAGGAUGUGAACUGGUGUAUAUUAAACAUUUUGGUGAAAACCCAAGACUGAGGUAAACAGCAGAUGACGACUGGAGAAUGUCUCGUUUUGAGACAUUCUCCUUCUCUUUCCUUGUCGUUGUUUGUCAUUUACGUCAGUCUCGACUUUUCACCAAAGAGCAAAACAUUUGGGAUGACUGAAAUUCUUGUUAUCCUCUCCAAUCCUAGAGGUCUGGCAUUAACAUACACUU